CCUCAGCCGUUUUUAAACCUCGUGUCAAGCCCAUCGAGAAUAUCAACGUCUUCAUCCAUUCUCGAGACCAAGGAGGACCGUGUUUUGCUGUCAUUCUUGAUUGUUUUCUUUUGCUCUACCCAUUUCCAUCUCGCUUCUCAAGAAUGGUCUACGAACAUUUAGCCACACUCGGUGGCGCUCUCGUCAGGAGAGCAACGGACCUGGACAACAACGGCGGCGGUAGCGAUAAUGACGACAUGGCCCAGCUUCCUGGAUGGGCUGUUCUGGUCUUCUUCGCCAACUUUCUCGUCUUUGCUCCCGUUUUCCUCUAUAUCGGCUACACCCUGAGCCAUGUCUACCCAACCCUCGCCAUCAUCGAGGACCCUCAACCGCCGAGCUACGCCGCCCUGAGCCUCAACGCCGACGAGCCCACCGCCGACGGCACGCACGCCGCCGACGAGUCCUCUGCCCUGACCACCACCUCCUUCCGCCGCAUCAACCGUCUGCUGUACUCGACCGCCGGCUGGACCUCCAACUUCCGCGGCCUGGGUUGCGCCGUGGCCCUCAACUUCGCCGCCCUCUUCUGCGGCUCCAUCUUCAGCUUCGUCCUGCCCGCCUCCUUGGGUGUGCUCUUUGCCGCCCUCGCCACCGUCCAGCUUUCCGCUGCCUGGACGCACAUCAUCAUCUCCGCUCCGUCCUCCCAGCACUUCUGGCAACGCCUUCCGCCUUUUGCCAAGACCUUCCAGGCCACCUGGCUCCCCGUAUGCGCCUACUGGGCCGCCAUCCAGGUCACCCGCCUCCUCCCGCGCCUGCUCUCGCACGCCUUUGGCCUCUCCCGCUGGGACCCGCGCAACCCCACCGCCGUCCCCAACUACUCCGCCCACGCCGUCUGGCAAGGCUUCGUCGUCCUCGUCGUCAGUGUCGCUUGCACCAUCCUGCUCGUCAUCCCCGCCCAGGUUGUCCUCUGCCGCGUCCAGGCCAGCCUGCUUCCCCCCGACGAGGACACCAUCGUCCCAUUUGACCGCUCCUUCGGUGGUGUCGUCGAGCCUGCCGUCGUCACCGGCAAGGGCUACGUCGACUUCCUUACCGCCUGGCGCACCUUUGAGCGCGCCAGCUGGAUCAGGCUGUACAGGCUGCUCGCUAAGAUCAUGCUCGUCGCCCUGGCCGUCUAUGCCGUCGUUAUGGUGAUCGUCGUUCCCGAGGCCAUCUUGAUGCUGAAGACAGCUCAGCCUGCUGAUGGAAACUAAGCAAAAGGGGCUGCUAGCAAUUCGCGAGUGAGAUAUGCCAAUGCAUGUUCCAGAAGCCGUACCAGAUGAGGGCAAGUAGAAGUCCCCUACUCGUGUCAUGUAACUAAGAUGCGGAAGAGGGUCUUAUCCUGGGCGUGAACUCACGUCGGAUGGUCUGGUAGAUUUCCGGUGAAUAGUCUUAGUAUUUGUUUCUGGUCUCCGGUAUGGAAUUAGCGGGCGGCCUUGUUUCCUCUUGUCCUUUUCCUUCCUUUUUCGAGCCAAUUUGCAAGGCAUGUCAUUGCAUAUGGCAUGAGAGUAUAGCGGUUGGGUUUGGAUAUUUGGACUACAGCGCUGUACCUAUGCGUACUUUCCGAAAUGGAUCGUUUUCUUACCCCUCAUCGUUGGCACGAUCAAGCGACAAAUAUUUCAUGUCAUGUCCACUAUGAAGCAAGGACAACCAAGACAGUCUCUCCGCAAAGAAUAAUCAAUCAAGACAUCCAAUACAAGAG